GAACAACCAACACAUAACGAGCCUCUCUUCAUUUUUUGCUUUUGCACUAACAAUUCUACUUUCUUAAUGUAAUCGUUCGUUUGCAUUCUUUCCUUUUAACUAUCCCUUUUGUUGCCGCUUUUCUUUAUCUCUGCCAUUCGAUGCUUUCUGAGUUCACAAUAUCUUGUCAUUAUUCCCAUUUUCUUUUUUUCUUAUUCUUAAUGUUAUUAUUUCUUCACUUGGGAAUAGUGAAUGUUAGGUUUCUCAUUGAUGAUAAUAAUAGUUAUUAUUGCUGAGUUGGUAGAAGAAUGCGUGUUUUGUGUUUAGUUAGUGAAUCAGGGUUUGCGAUUUUGUUUUCAUGUUAGUGGUUGCCACUAAUUUCUCUAAAUUGAUGGAAAGUUUCUUCCUUUCCUUCUUGUUGUUGCUGAUAAUAGAUGUAAAGAGGAUUGUUUUUUUUGUGGAGUUUGGGUAGUGGCUUUUUGUGUGUGUUAAUAAAGCAAGGAAGAGCCAAAAUGGAUUUGUGGGUUGUUGCAGCUGUUGCUGGAGCUGGGUGCUUAGCUAAAUAUUUGAACAGGUUUUCAAAGAACGGCGAUGGUUCAUCUCUUUUGUCAUCAGAGGGUUCCAAUUUUGAGAAUCACGAGUCCUCAUCCCAUUCCUUUUGCUCACAAGCAGGGAGAGACAAGUUGGGCAAUGAUGUUACUUUAGCUAAAAGGGCUCCAGAUGUGAAUUCACAGGAUGGCCUUUUGACAAUAGAGUUGGCUUCUCGCAAAGGGCUUGAAUUUGACUGUGAAAAAGUAAGUCUCUUCAGGAAUUGCAAUGAGAGUGAUGUCCUUUCUGUAUCAAACUUUAAUGAUGUUGGAUAUGGAAAUGAGCAAUGCAACAAUAUUGGUGGCAAUUGUGGUUUCCUACUUCCUGAUUUGUCUUCAGGAAAAUUGGGUCAUAAUCCUUCUGGAAAUAAAACCUCUCGCAGGACUAAGCGAUUGUAUGGGCAUAUAAAUGGGCCUUCAAACUCCUUAGAAAGUUGCCUAAUGGCUCAGCUAUGCAAAGAACAUGCCAAAAUGGAAGAAUCUAUCUCAUCAUCAUCCAUGGCCACUAGGUCAUUUUGUGUUAGUGAUGAAAGCCAGAUGAUCAGCGGAGCAACCAAUUAUGAUUCUCUCAGUGGAUUGACUGGAAGUGAAGAAUCUAAGUUGCAUAGAGCAGCCAGUAAAGUGAAAGCUGAAAGUGUAUUAUUUCGGGUUCCUUCCUUACCGAAAAUUGGAUCUUUUAAUGAUGCCAAGAAGAUGAAAUUUAACGCAGGCAGUGGGCAAAAUAGGAGAUUGAGCCCUUCUAACAAUGUGUUCAGUGGAAAGCACAUCCAUACUCAACAUGAUGCAACAUUUGUCUUCGGUCUUGGGAUAUCUUUUGGGAUAAUAACUUCCAUCUUGGCAAAUAAAAGAGAAAUGGACAAGUUAAGAGAGUUGUUGAAGCAGACUAAAAACUUGGCUCAAGAUCUACAAGAGGAACUUGAAAUGAAAGAUUCAAUGACAGUGAAGGAGUUACAUAGUGAAAAUUAUGGUUCACAGGAUACUUGUGAUCAUUCCUUCUGUGAUAGGGAGCUAAAUGGAUUUUCCCCUGAAAAACACAUGGAUAGCUCUCCAAUGACUGACUGUAAAAAAUCAUGUGAUCAAAAGGGAGAAGAAAGUUCAGAACCCAUGAGCAAAAUUGAAGCGGAGCUUGAAGCUGAACUUGAGAGAUUGGGGUUAAACAUGAAUGAAUCUAGCCCAGAAAGACCGUUGUCUGAGCUAGUUGAGCUUGACCCAGACUUUGUAGCAGAUUUUGCUCAAGGUGAGUUGAGAACUGACAUGAUUGAUGGGAAAGAUUUUGGCCAUUCGAAGCUAAAUGAGGAUGCCAGUGACGCAAUGAUCCCUGUAAACUAUGCUGUUUCCCCCCGUGAACUAAGUCUACGCUUGCAUGAAUUUAUCCAAUCCAGACUAGAGGAACGUGUACAGGAGCUUGAGAUUGCCCUUGAAAAUAGCCAGAGGAAAUUACGGUUACUGGAAUCAGAGCAUGAGAGUCAUUCCCAAAAGAAUUUCUCAAGUUGUGGAAAAGCAUCCUCCUUUACUAAAGGAACACUAUUGACUUUUGAUGGCAGUGACCGUACAACUGAAUCCUUAGUUAUGAAUUUAUCAGGUGAAGCUUCAGGAGGUGCUUACAAUGACACCUACGAAGAAUUAAUAAAGAUAGAUGACUACGAAGAAAAUUCACCAUUAAGCAUCCAUAAUACUGACUACAAAGUAGAUUCAUGUUCGCAUGAUUUGCAUGUAUUAGGGGUUCAACUCUGUGGAGCAAACGAUUUCCAAACUCAUUCCACUGUUAAUGAAGAGCGAUUGUCAAGGGAACUCUCUUCUGAUGAGGUCACAAUGUUGGAAGGGCAAAGUUCUAGCAUUUAUGAAUUAAAUGAUGUUACUGAAGAUGAAAAUUGUGUGUGUGAUUAUGAGGUGGAUAGGCAAUUAAUAAGGCAAAUUGUUGAAAGUACCAAAAAAGGUUCUCCUGUCUUCCAAAAUGCUAGAAGAAUAUUGUAUUCUAUGGAUGAAGAUGAACAUUGAUACCGAAUGUUUUUUUGGGUGUGAAGAAAUAGAAGAGGUUAGUAUUUUUGACCUUUGC